AUGGAUAGCUUGUUUGGGCGGAAACGCUGGGGGCGCCAGAAUGAGGAUCGAUCGGCAGCUCGUCGCACGGUCGAUCUGUCAGACGAGGCGCCUGGAGCUUUCGCCAUGAGCGCUCCUACUAUAACUCCUGUGCGCUCAGGCAGUAUCAGCUCGGGGCACUCUCGCGUUUCAACGGAUACGCAGCGCCGUGGCACUGGUGCAGCUUCUCCAGCGCCCACGCUGCAAGUGCCAAUUGUUCGCCAUCCGAUGGACCCUGAUAUUAGUGCUUUGCGCCAAUCUCUCCUGAGUCGUAUGCAUGAGCUCCGAACAAAUCGGCCGCUUGAUGCAGAAGUCGAGCUCAUGUUUGCUGACCUCAUGAACCGCCGGGAUCUGCUGGGCGGACCUGGCGCUCCGCCGCAUGAGGCGCUCAACAAUAUGUUCGAAUUUACUAUGGAAAAGAAGUGGAAGCUUGUUUACAAUGAUUUACUCACGAUGCAGGGGUCUGCGCUCGAGAGACCGCGUCGAUUCGUCACGAAUAACGUGUCCUCGGCGUCGUCCAGCACGCCGAUGGUUCUUGUGCGCAAUUCGCCGGAAUGGUUUAUCAAAAAAUUUAUGGACAACUCCGUCACAACCAAGCACAUCGAGUCACUCGCCGUUACACUGCGGACGUGUGCUAUUGGGUGGCUUCAGAGCUUUGUGGAAGCCAAAGGCACACAUGUCCUUUCGAGCUACUUGCUUGCCCUACAGACGCGUGGCACGUUGAACGAGCAAGACUUGAGCCAGGAGUACGAAGUGCUCAAGGCGUUCCGCUCGCUCUUCAACAGCAAGCCAGGCGCGCAUGAUGCCCUUCAACACCCAAAGUGUAUCUGUGGCAUUGCCCGUUCGCUCGUGUCACACCAGUUGUCGACGCGAAAGCAGGCAUCGGAUAUUUUGUUGUUUCUGUGUCAUUGGGAAAAACCUCGUGGACACAGCCUCGUGUUGCAAGGGAUCGAUGAGCUACGAGUUGCGUUUGAUCGACAUGGCCGUUUCGACGCCUGGUUCUCGGCGCUGGAAGCGGCGAUUGACGGACGUGGUCGUAUGGGCAGCCUUGUGGGUGCAAGCGAUGAGGUGCGUCGACUUCAGCUCAGUGCCAUGCCUGAAGCUGGUUUGCCGGAGUAUGUGGUCAACAAUAUGUUCUUAGUGAAUGCGCUGGUCAACAGCGAUAUUGUCGACUCGCUCCAGGCACGUGUGCAUCUUCGCAGCCAGAUGACAGCGAGUGGUCUGCCGCGGAUCAUGGCAAAAAUGCGUGAGCUCUCGACGCCGGAUCUUGAUGUCCAAAUGUCUGUUUACGAGAAAAAUGCUGCAGCGGACCAGGAAGAGAUGAUGGAAUCGUUUCAUCAGAGCACCGUUAAGGACCUGAACGAUCCUCAAGACGUAUUUCGGCUAGUCAUGGACCGCGUGCAAGACUCACGCGCUAAAGAUUUUUUCAUGAGCGCAUUACAACAUCUCUUGUUUAUCCAGCGGGAUGGCGCUGAUUUGGUGCAUUUCUACCAGCUCAUUGACUCCAUGAUUUCCACUGUCGUCAUGGACCGUGAUGGUGCCGCGACGAAUGCCGACUUGGAGUCGCUUAUGGGCACCUCGCUCAACAAUGUGUUGGACCGCUUUGCCGACCAGGAUUUGCUCGAACGUCUGCAGCACGAGCUGAAAGAUGCCCAUGCUUUCUUGCGAUCGCGCGAUGCUGAAAUCACACAGCUCAAAGCCCAGAUUCACGAGUCAGCAGGUGGCUUGGUUGGGCAUUUGCAGACGCAGAUCCGCGAACUUCAGCAUGACUUGGACCUAUCGCGUGAAAAUACAAUGUCCAUGCAGCAAGAUAUGGAUGAGAUGGAGCGCUCUUAUGUUGACCGGAUCUUAGGCUUGGAGCUCGAACUGCGCUCAAGAUACCAAGCAGAACGACCCAUCAUUUUCACAUUUUAA